UUCAGCCAAUCAGGCCGCAGCGCUUUCACUGCGCCGCAAGCGAUGGAGGGUAUAAAAAGGGGAGGAGCAGGCCUGAAAGCACUCUGCUCCUUUUCGGAUUUACUCUCAGAGCAAACUGUCUAAGGCUCCCUCCUUUGCGGAAUACUGUAAUCAACUUCAUCAUGACUCUGGAGGAGGUUCUGAUCCAGAAACCCAUCGAGCGUACUCAGUGCACCGGCAACGCCCUGGAGGAGGUCCUGGUGUCCGCUAAAGACAACGACUCCCUCACAGUUGGUGUAUAUGAAUGCGCAAAAGUUAUGAAUCUUGAUCCGGACAGUGUGUCUUUCUGCGUCCUGGCCAUGGAUGAGGAGUUUGAGUGUGACAUCGCUCUCCAGAUCCACUUCACCCUCAUCCAGUCCUUCUGCUUCGACAACGACAUCAGCAUCGUGAGAGUGAGCGACAUGCAGCGUCUGGCUGAGAUUGUUGGUGACAAGGCCGAGCAGCUUGAAGACGCCCACUGUGUCCUCAUCACGAACCCAGCUGAAGGGUCUUGGGAGGACCCUGCUCUAGAGAAGCUGCACCUGUUCUGCGAGGAGAGCCGCCGCCUGAACGACUGGGUUCCUGAGAUCAGCCUCCCCGAGCGUUGAUCUGGGACUUGGCUCCUCUCAUGCUCAGAUGCUGUGAAGCUUGUUAUCUGGAAAUGCUCAUCCUGACCAGCAGGAUGACCCUGUAUCUGCUCAUCCCUGGAUACUCCUGAGGAGGAUUCUCAUCCAGGCAGCACGGCACCGGCCCAAGGAAGGGCCCCCGUGAACCGUCGCCUCUUGUCCCGUCCAUGCCAAGAUGACUCUCAUUCUUUAUGUGAAUGAGGUCAGGUAUGCCGCAAGAGCGACACGUUGACCCUCAUUCUUUGUGCGGAUGAGGUUUGGAGAGGAAGGAGAAGCGAGGUCUGCGUCCUGUGGUCUCACAGAGCAAAUGUCGCACGUUGAAGCACGCGCAGCAGGAGAAGAAGCGGUGCUGGGAAAGAGGUCUUCUUAAAAAGGGACUUUUUAGAGCUGGCCUCUUUGCUGAGCAACACUACAACAGUUGCAGUCAGCGCAAAUGUUUCCCACUUUCCAGAAUUGUCUUAAUUCUCUAAAGGUUUCACUUUAGAAAUUUAACGAUGACAAAAAUAUUCUAAAACGUAAAAAAACACUGAAAAAAAGGUCUUUUCUCUAAAGGUUUCACUUUAGAAAACGACUAAAUGAAAUUAAUGUUAAAGCUUAUGAGAAUUUGUAAGAUUAUCCUAUAAACAUGUUAUUAUGUAUUGAAGACAGAACUGUUAAAAUAUUUGACUGAAAACUCUGAGUCUGUUGAAACACUGAUGGAAAUUUAUAUCUCUAACAUUUUGCUUUAUAACUUG